AUGGCGGAGCCGGGGGCUGCGCGUACCUCCCCCCCGCAGCCGCGGGCGCCAGUGGUGGAUGGAUUUCUGAAAACUGAUGAAAGGCAAAGAUUAGCAAAAGAAAGAAGAGAAGAAAGAGAAAAAUACCUAGCUGCCAGAGAGCAGCAGAUUUUGGAGAAGGAAAGAAGAGCAAAACUUCAGUAUGAAAAGCAAAUUGAAGAACGAUGGAGAAAACUGGAGGAACAGAGACAGAGAGAGGAGCAAAAGAGAGCAGCUGUUGAAGAGAAGAGGAAACAGAAGCUCAGAGAAGAAGAGGAACGUUUAGAAGCCAUGAUGCGUCGUUCACUAGAACGUAGUCAGCAGCUGGAACAGAAACAGAAGCGAUGGUCGUGGGGAGGAGCACUGACUGCAGGCUCAGGAGGGAGAGAUGGUGAAUCAGAAAAUACCCCACCCCCUCUCCUAGGUUUAGCUGCCAACACCCUUCCUUCAGACCCUGUGACCUCUACUGCUGCUGCUGAUUCCUACAAUGCAUGUGACAAACUUUCAGCUUCUACAAUGAAUCUGCCAAAGCAAAUGGAGUCACCAAUCAGUAAGCGUCUCUCCUCCUCCACAGCGGCAAUAACAUAUUCCCCUGACAGAGCUCACCGCAUGCACCUUAGUCCAGUGGAAAACUUUAUUGUUUCUCGACUGCUGACUCCCACACAGUCUUCUUUAGCCAGAAGCAGAAGCACAUUAAUGCUUUCUGAGCAAUACAAUGAUUCAGUAUUCCAUAUCUGUCCUCGUGUAGCACCAGCUAGUCCUCUUAAAUCUCCCUACAAGCCUUCCCCCACCCGAAGUGCAGAAAGGAAGAAGGCAGCAUCAGCUUCCACUUCUGAUGCCAUGAAAGGGGCAACUGCAGCUGAAGUUACACAGACUGAAAAGAUAAAGAGAGAGAAGCGACCCACAACACCUGUUUCAUCAUCUGGCCUGGGAUCCCCUCUGAGAAGAUCUGAUUCUCCUGCAAGCAUAUCUAAAAGACCUGCAUCACCUGCACCACCGAAGACAGUUACAAAGACGUAUCCACAGUCUCCUAAAAAUGUUAAACAAUAUCCUGCAUCUCCUGUGAAGCACCGUGUCACCUCUAAUCUCAGCCAGGAGACUCCUAAAAAGAAAGCAGACAAGGAGAAAGAGAACACCACUAGCCACAAACCCCAGCUGUCUUCCACUGAGGAGGUUGUGGGCCAAGCAGUUGCUGAGAAACAUGUGCCUUCUGCAGGAAAGACUGAAAGCAGUGAAGGGAAGCUCACAGCAGGAACUACUGAUGCAGAAGAAGCUACAAAAAUUCUGGCAGAGAAAAGACGGCAGGCUCGUCUGCAGAAAGAACAAGAAGAACAGGAGAGACAGGAGAGAGAAGAGCGGGAAAGGCUAGAGAGAGAGGAGCUGAAAAGAAAGGCAGAAGAAGAAAGAAUUCGCCUAGAAGAAGAAGCUCGUAAGAGAGAGGAGGAAAGAAGGCGUGAAGAGGAAGAGGCUAGGAGAAAAGCAGAGGAGGAUGCCAGGAGGAGAGCUGAGGAAGAAAAAAUGCUAAAGGAAGAGCAAGAAAAAGAACUGCAGGCCAAGCUCGAAAAACAGAGAGAAGAAGCUGAAGCAAAGGCCCGAGAGGCAGCUGAAAACAUGCGGCUGGAAAGGGAACAAAUCAUGCAGCAGAUUGAGCAAGAAAGACUGGAGAGAAAGAAGCGAAUAGAUGAAAUAAUGAAGAGAACAAGAAAGAGUGAAACACCAGAAGUAAAGAAGGAAGAGCCAAAACUGGAGAUACCAUCAACUUUGACUGUGGAAAAGCAACCAAAAACUCUUGUUCUCAAUCAAACAGGUUCUUUUAUAGAAAUCAAUGGACUGACAGCCUGCCAGGAGAGUCAAGGCUUAGGAUGUGCUGCUGCUGAAACACUUUCUCGAGAGAGAUUUUCUAAUGGACUUAAGUCAGUUACGGGGCUUAUUCAGCUGGAUGCCAUUGAUGGGAAAUCUAACAGCAUGGAUGAUUCAACAGAUGAGGUUCAGUCUAUGGAUGUGAGUCCUGUUUCCAAAGAAGAACUUAUAUCUAUCCCAGAAUUUUCACCUAUGAAUGAACUCAUUCCCGGUGGUUCUAUGGACCAGAAUGGAACAAGUAAUGCCAAGGCUCUUGAAGAUCUCUUGGAUUUCACAGGACAGGCCACUUACUCCAAGAUAUCCAGUGAAAACAUUAGCCUGGAUGAUUGUAACAAAAACUUGAUUGAUGGAUUUAACAGUCCUGGGCAGGAGAAUACACUUAACUCCAUCUGUUGA